GUGGUGGCCAUAGACCAACUGUAGUCAGUGGUGCGGUGGCUCUGUGAAUUUUUGACAUUUCAGUGACAACACGUCGAAAAUGGCUGACACGGGGCCUAGUAAAAGCGAUAUUGAAGCAGUUUUUCAGAGAUUACGGGCGAUAUCCUCGAAUAAAAUAUGUUUCGACUGCAACGCCAAGAACCCUACGUGGUCGUCGGUGACGUUCGGGGUGUUCAUCUGCCUGGACUGCUCGGCCGUGCACCGCAGCCUCGGCGUGCACCUCACGUUCGUGCGCUCCACGCAGCUCGACACCAACUGGACCUGGAAGCAGCUGCGCAACAUGCAGCUGGGCGGGAACGCUAAUGCUACGCAGUACUUCCGCACGCACGGGCUGGUGACGGAGGACGCGAGGCAGAAGUAUUCCUCUCGCGUGGCGCAGAUGUACAAGGACAAGCUCGCCCAGCUCUCCGACCAGGCCAUGAAGACACACGGGACUAAGUUGCACCUGGAUCCGGCCCCGGUGGAGAGCAAGGAGAUGAAGAGUGCGGAGGUAGACUGGUUCGCAGAGCAUGCCGGGGACGCACUCUCUAACACUAACGAGCAUGCCCUCACCGCACAGGUGAAGCCACCAGAAGCACUGAGCGCGGACCAGCGCCUGUGGCCGGAGCCCGCGCCCGGCGCCGCCGCCCCGCGCCGCGCGCCGCAGCCGCGCCGACCCGGGCUGGGCGCGCGCAAGGGCGGGCUGGGCGCCACCAAGGUGUCUGCCAACUUCGAUGACAUCGAGCGCGAGGCCAAGAUGCAGGAGCAGCGCAAACAGGAGUCGGCGGCAGCAGACAGCGCGGCGACGCUGGAGUCGGUGCAGCAGGAGGUGGCCUCGCUGCGCCUCGCGUACGCGGAGCCCGCGCGCGCGUCGGCCGACCGGCUGGGCAUCGCCGGCGCCACACGGAACAAGGGUGGCGGCGUAUCCCACUCCGCGAUGGCGGACAUGACGGAGAUCGAGCAGGAGGGCGCGCCCGCCCCCCCCGCGCCCGCCGCCGCGCUCGAUGACCUGUCUGUGUUCACCAUGAUCAGGAACGAGCCCUACAGCACAUCCCGCGGCCUCGACUCCCUCAUGUCGGCGGAGCCCACUCUCUCCACGUCGUGGGAGACCAUCGAGCCCGAGCCGGCCCGCGCCGUGCGGUCCAUGCUGAGCGCCCCCGCCCCCCGCGCGCCCCCCGCCCCCGCCCCCGCCCGGGGGGGCAAGCCGCGGAGGCAGGAGGUCGAUGAUGACUCGGCGGUGAAGAAGUUUGGAAGCGCUAAGGCGAUUAGCUCGGCGCAGUUCUUUGGAGAACAGGACAUAAUGUCGGACCGGUCGGGCGGCGCGUCGCGCUUCCAGGGCUCGUCCAGCAUCAGCUCCGCCGAGUACUUCGGCACCGCGGACCUGCCGCCCGCCGGGUUCACCGUCUCCGCGCCAGACCUCGACGAUGUGCGCGAGUCAGUCCGCGCGGGCGUGACGCGCGUGGCGGGGCGGCUGUCCAGCCUCGCCAACGGAGUGGUGUCCUCCAUCCAGGAGAAGUACGGGUACUGAUACCCGCCCGCCCCGCUGCCGCGCCUCGCGGGGUAGGCGGGGGUGGCGGGGGGCAGGGGGGAGGGGGCGCAGGCGGCUGGGGGAUGCUGAGCUCCAUUUUAAAGCGCGGCAGAGCCCGCUGCACGGUAUCGUUAUUAUUGUAUAGCCAUUUGCAUAACAGCUCGCGCAACACGGCAUUAUUAUCGACGUAGAUAAACGUUAACGUAUGUAGUUGAGGAUGCCGUGCAGUGGUCAAAUAUUGCGGUGGUGUCGCUAUAUUCAUAAAUUUCCAGUUAGACGAUCCGAAAGUUACAAAACGCCUUGCAGGGCCUUAUUAUAUCUUGCCUGAAGUUAAAACGUGCGUCUUCACACUACGUGAUGCAUGAGUUAAUGAACAAGUUAAGAUGGAGCCGCAGCAUUAGCUCUCAAAUUAUUUCAAAUAGAUACGAGUGCAAGUGUCCGCAAAUAUGUGCAUUUUAUAUUAUGUAACGAUUGCAGCAGAACUGCAUCGGCUUGUCAAGUUUGUGCGUUCUCAUUGGUUAUCUCGAACAUUGCGCUGUGUCGCUAUUGGUCCGUAAAAUAUUUAUUGUUUUUUAUCUAUGGCUCGUUUUACUCCCCCCUGGUUAGGAAUCGGUUGAUAUUAGAAUUUGUAUUGUUGGUUGGUAUUGGGAGAAGUAAAACAGUUGUAGAUGUUUUUGUUUGUGUAUUAUUGCUACGUUAUGUAUGUGAAUAGAGAUGUUAUACGAAAUGUUUCUUAGCUUUUUGUAAAAUGUGUGUGUUAAAUGCUCAUUGCAAUUAUAAUAUUCUUUUAUUUCAUUAGAAAGGGCUGAACUAUGUCCUAUAUUAUUUUAUGUAAAUUUUAAAUCUGUGUAAGAUUGUAAUCUUCAAACAGCUUUGCGGCAGUGAGCGGAGUGCACGCAAUGUGUAAUCUUAACACGAGUGUAAAUAAUGUAAUAUACAAUUUGUCACUAAUGGAUAAUCUAACAUUGUGAAAUCACGGUCAAAUAUAUAAGUAGACUUGUAGAAAUGUAGCUGAAUCUAUUGCACUAAACAUACAAUACCUACUGUAGAUUUUUUUAUGUGUCGUAGUGUCACUGAGAACAAUAAAGUGUAACAUUAUAUGAAACAUAUUCACUUGUAACAUAACGAAUUGUAAAUUAUUGUAGCUGUUUUCUUCGUGCGGCUUUUGAAGUGCUUUACAUAAUUAUAAUAAAACUAUUCAUUGUAAGAUAGGAAAGUAAUGAUAUAAUUACCUACUUAUUUAAAAAGUUAGUGUUUGUUUUUUUCUAAAUUCACGUUUUUUGCGCACAAGACGUACAUUAUUAACAUUCCAUACUUGAAAAGAGUGAAUCAACAUUAAAAUAAUAUUGUUUUAGACACCAAUUUAUCUUAAUUUACUCUCACACUGUUUAACUUUGUUCUAGAUACUUAUUAUUGUAUUUGUUUUCGGUUCGGUGUAAGGCUAUAUUCUAAGUAAGUUUAUAAAUGUUAGCAGGUGUUGCGGUAGACAUUCGGACGUGGACAUCGCAUUUAGAUAGAAUUGAGCGCCUUUUAUGAUAUAUAAUGUAGGUUACUAUACUUAUUAUAAAAUACUAGUAUACUUUAAAUUACUAUAGUUUUCUAUCUCUUCCUCACAGACAAAUUGAACCUGGGUAAACUAACUGUAAUAUCAGUUUCAUUUUAUAUAUUUUACCUCAUGUUAAACGCUAAGUGUAUGUUCAAAUUAACUUCAGAUUCAAAUAGCUGUUACCGGAAGUUUGUGUAAAAAUAAUACAUUUUACUACUUAGAUUGUUUUUUUAGGAAAUUAUUAAUUGAUAUAAAUAUACAAAAUUAUAUUUUCAACAA